AGGCUCCACGAAGGCCUCCAUCAGGGCGCGCGGCCGCGAGGAGGGCUUCGCCUGUGCAGUCAAGGGCGCCUCCCCGUCGUUCGUGCCCGUGAUAUUGGUCCCGGCUUACCCGUUUAGGCCGCUGGGCACGCCCGUGGAGCUGCAGAGCCUCUCCGCGGUGAACUCGCGGAAGCUCGCCCAGGUCGACCAGAUGCGGCAGGCGCUGCCCGGGAGCGAGCAGGAGCCGCGCGCCCGCGACCGCGAGGCGGAGCGGGCGGCGGCGGAGCCCCGGCAGGCGGCUGGCGGCCAGGACCGAUGGGGAGCUCGAGCCGUACUCCGAGCCGCGGGGCGGGGAGUCCGACCAGGAACGGGGCGACUCCAGCUCAGAUCGUCCUCGAUGGCUCCCCUGGCGCGUGGCGGCCGGGACCUGCACAGCUACGAGGCCCACAGGCACUCGCUGGACGGCUUCGCCCGGCUCAAGGGCUGCAUCCUGGAGUCCACGGGCCGCGUGCAGCAGGUGAAGGUCGACGCGCCCGGAGCCGGCCUGGGCCACGCGGCCACGCAGGCCGGCGGCCUGCUGCCUCCCAGGAGGAGCGCUACCCCGCGGCCAGCGGCGCCCGCGCGCCCGGCGCCCGCGCCCCCAGCAGCAGCGGCAGCGCCGACACGGC